AUCGCUCUGUUGUAUCUCAAAAUAUAAUUUCGAUUUAGACAUAGUAGCAGCAACCUCUGCUGCGCCUAAUUCAACUAUUACCACCCUCCAACUCAUCACGCUGUCAAACACCAUUCUCAAAUCGUCAACUACGACAGAGCGAAUCCCUCCUUCGACAAUCGUCGAUGAAAAAGGAACUAGUGAGGGUCCCGAAGAUACUGCGAGAUCCAAUUCUGCUUUACAUAUAGACGAAGAUUCAAGGAGCACCACCACGGCAGAACAUCUCCAAAGAGCUCCUUCGUUAACUACAAGUCUUUCCGAAUCAUUGGUGCAAUCGGGUAGUACUUUUGUUGAAAACGACACAGAGAAUAGGAUUGAAACGUCACUGAACGAGUCUGUGGACGCAACCUCAUCAGAAGAAGACGCUGUAGAGAUAAUAGAUGACGAUCCGGCGUUCAACUAUACUGUUUCGAGCAAUUGCACAUUGAAUAUGCGAAAUCAGGCAAGAGUGUGUACAGAACCUUUAAUGCGCACUUGGGUUGCACUGCGUGCAAGUUGGCCACAUCUAGCAGAAGUCACUUUCCCAAUCUAUAAAUAUUCUCGUGUAGAGCUGCUGGAACUGUGCGAUAGGUACGCCAAUGUGUUCUUAUGUGCCAAUAUAGACGAUAUUCGAGUAUGCAUCAUGGAUGAGUUGAGUAUAAUAUCCUAUUUGCUGAAAUACGCGACGCAUUUAAGCCGACAUUUCGGUAAACUUCUUUCGGAGAUGAAGGACAUCGCCUACACAAAGUACAUGUGGAGCAGCUAA